AUGUUCUCUCGAAGUAUUCGUGAACUUACCAAAAAGGUUGCUGAUCAUGAAUCCACAACUUUCUCAAUAUUCUACAACAAUUGCCUGUUUAUGCUGAUUCUUUUGCUGCUGUCUGCUGUACUUCAUCAUUUCUCAAACGCAGUAAACUACUCCGUGUCAAUGUUAAUUGCUGCGGGUGCAGCAGCUUUCUUGUCAUCCGGGAAAGGAUCAUUUUGA